GGCUGAGAGGGGCCGAGUGGAGUGAGGAGUCUGGGCUGAGCCCGAGCCGGGAGCCCGGGACUGAGGAGGAAGAUGCUGCGGGCGCCCGGAGGAGCAGGGGGGGGACCCUGCGUGGGCAGGAGCUCCGCCACCGCCGCAGCCUUGCUGCUGCUCACAGCUUUUUUAAUAAGCAGUGCUGAUGACAUACAUGGGACAGUGAACUGGAAGACAAAACAAGCCAGCAGUUUUAUUAUCAGCAGAAAAAAGGCUGCUGAGAGGAGCGACGUGUACACCAUUCUCUCUAAGGUACAGUCUGACCGGAACGUGUACCCAUCUGCUGGAGUCCUCUUUGUUCAUGUCUUAGAGCGGGAGUACUUUAAAGGGGAGUUUCCCCCGUUUCCGAAGCCUGGUGAAAUAAGUAAUGACCCCAUUACAUUUAAUACAAACUUGAUGGGCUACCCGGACAGACCUGGCUGGCUCCGCUACAUUCAGAGGACACCCUACAGUGACGGCGUGCUGUAUGGCUCACCGACGGCCGAAAACGUGGGAAAACCAACCAUUAUUGAGAUAACAGCCUAUAACAGGCGCACCUUCGAGACAGCACGGCACAACUUGGUCAUCAACAUCAUGUCGGCAGAAGAUUUCCCGUUACCCUAUCAAGCAGAAUUCUUCAUAAAGAAUAUGAAUGUGGAGGAGAUGCUGGCCAGCGAGGUUCUCGGAGAUUUUCUCGGGGCAGUGAAGAAUGUCUGGCAGCCAGAGCGUCUGAACGCCAUUAACAUCACGUCAGCCCUGGACCGCGGAGGACGCGUCCCCCUCCCGAUUAACGAUAUGAAAGAAGGGGUCUAUGUGAUGGUCGGUGCCGACGUCCCCUUUUCCUCCUGUUUGCGGGAGGUGGAGAACCCACAGAACCAGCUGCGAUGCAGCCAAGAAAUGGAGCCUGUUAUAACUUGUGAUAAAAAGUUCCGAGCUCAGUUUUAUAUUGAUUGGUGCAAGAUUUCCCUGGUUGACAAAACCAAGCAGGUGUCCACGUACCCAGAGGUGGUGUGCGGGGAGGGCAUCCUGCCGGACGGGGGCGAGUACCGGCCGCCCCCGGACUCGCUGAAGAGCAGAGAUUACUACUCGGACUUCCUCAUCACGCUGGCCGUGCCCUCGGCCGUGGCCCUGGUGCUCUUUCUGGUGCUCGCCUACAUCAUGUGCUGCCGCCGGGAAGGCGUGGAAAAGAGAAACAUGUACACCCCAGACAUCCAGCUGGUUCAUCACAGCGCUAUCCAGAAAUCUACGAAGGAGCUGCGGGACAUGUCCAAGAACCGGGAAAUCGCGUGGCCCCUGUCCACACUGCCCGUGUUCCACCCGGUCACCGGGGAGAUCGUCCCCCCGCUGCACGCGGACAGCUACGACAACACCAGCAUGCCGCUGAUGCAAGCCCAGUCGAACCUGCCACCCCAGACUCAGAUCCCACAGCAGCAGGCGGCCGGAGAGUUUCGUAUGGCAACUUUUCAAAGAUUUGAGGUAAAUGGUAUCCCUGAAGAGCGGAAGCUGACCGAAGCCAUGGAUCUGUGAUCCCAGCCGCCUCCCGCUGUUCUUCCUCGUUCAUCCAAAGGGUGCAUGAGCUUUGCUGGUGGAUAGUGCAUGCCCACCGGGUCCCCGAACGAGGAGCAUUUAACCAACGGACUCGUUUUUGUACUUUGGACAUUUUGGACAAUUUGUACGACAUUAAUAACUUUAUAUUUGUUACAUUAAAAGUGAUCUUUAAAAUAAACUUAUUAAUAAAGAUAAA